AUGGCCGCCCUCACCCACCUGCUGGUCUGCGUCUUUGGCAUGGGCUCCUGGGUGGCCAUCAAUGGGCUCUGGGUGGAGCUGCCCCUGCUGGUGACGGAGCUGCCCGAGGGCUGGUACCUGCCCUCCUACCUCACGGUGGUCAUCCAGCUGGCCAACGUCGGCCCCCUGCUGGUCACCCUGCUGCACCACUUCCGGCCUGGCUGCCUUCCUGAGGUGCCCGUGGUCUUCGCUGUGCUGGUUGUGGGCACCGUCGCCUGCGUCCUCUUCGCCUUCCUCUGGAACAUGACCUCCUGGGUGCUGGGCGGCCAGCACAGCAUCGCCUUCAUCGUCCUCACCUUCCUCCUGGCCCUGGUGGACUGCACCUCCUCCGUCACCUUCCUGCCCUUCAUGAGCCGGCUGCCCACCCACUACCUCACCACCUUCUUUGUGGGCGAAGGGUUCAGUGGCCUCCUGCCUGCGCUGGUGGCUCUUGCCCAGGGCUCCGGCAUCACCUCCUGUGUCAACAUCACGGAGACAUCGGUCACGACCUCCAGCCCUGUGACUUCCAGGAAGACCUACGUCACUCAGGGAGUCCGCAGCAUCCCCAGUGCUGUCACCUGGGUCCCCACCGGGAGGGCCGGCUCCCUGGGCCGGCUGGAGAGCCGCUACCUCCCGGCGCGCUUCUCGCCGCUGGUCUUCUUCCUCCUGCUGGCCUCCAUGAUGGCCGGCUGCCUCCUGGCCUUCCUCCUGCUGCAGCAGCAGGCCCGGGGCCGGCAGGGCUCCAUCGAGGACCUCCUGCACUCCCAGGUCACCCUGCACUCCAUCCAGCCUCGGGAGGGGAAGGACGAAGGCCCCCCAGGCCCCGUGGUCAUCCGCAGGAGACAGGGGCAUCGGGAGGAGAAGCCGGCCGCCCACCGCCCGGCCCAGCUGGCCUUCAUCUACACCCUGGUGGCCUUCGUCAACGCGCUCACCAACGGCGUGCUGCCCUCCGUGCAGACCUACUCCUGCCUGCCCUACGGGCCCGUGGCCUACCACCUGUCGGCCACCCUCAGCUCGGUGGCCAGUCCCCUCGCCUGCUUCCUCUCCAUGUUCCUGGCCAGCAGGUCUCUGCCCUUCCUGGGGGUCCUCACAGUGCUGGGGACCGGCUUCGGGGCCUACAACAUGGCCAUGGCUGCGAUGAGCCCCUGCCCGCUCCUGCAGGGCCACUGGGGCGGGGAAGUCCUCAUCGUGCUCUCCUGGGUGCUGUACACGGCCCUUCUCAGCUACGUCAAGGUCAUGCUGGGUGUGAUCCUGCGCGACCGGAGCCGCAGCGCCCUCUUGUGGUGCGGGGCGGCGGUGCAGCUGGGCUCGCUGCUCGGGGCGCUGCUCAUGUUCCCGCUGGUCAACGUGCUGAGGCUCUUCUCCUCGGCGGACUUCUGCAGCCUGGACUGCUCUGCCUAGGCCGUCGGGGGUGCCGGGCCCAUGGCAGGGAGCCAGCCGCGCCUGAGACUUGCAAACUGGGCUUCAGACAGCCAAAGGGAGCGCCCAAGGGCACAGAGCCAGGGGUGGGGAGCUGGGAGGCAGAGGCUGAGCCUUUGAACCGUGAACACGAGGGAUUGGCACAGGCCUUCGGUGAGACCUGGAGUCGCAGGCCCAGCCUUGCCUCCAGCUCUAAUGCGGUGCCUGGGACCCACUAGUUCCCAACUUCUUCUCUUUGCAUACUGAAAGCUCUAAUUUGUACCAUGCAGCUGGAGACCGGCCCAAGAAUGUCAGAAGGGAAACGGCUGGGAGGUGAGCUGCACUUGCAAGCUGUGUGAUCUUGGGGAAGUCAUUUGACUUCUCUGUGCCUUGGUUUCCUCAUCCAUAAAAGGAGGAUUAUGAGAAUAGCUCUUACCUGGCGUGCCUGGCACAGGGACGAGGCAGAAGUGCCCAGCAUGUAGCAAGCUGUCCUGAGAGACUUCAUGAUCGAAACGUGCAGUCCUAACAAGACUCCACCUGGAGGUUGCCAGAAGGCUUGGAUUCAUACAGCAGCUUCUUCAAGACAGAUGGCGGGGCAGGACCCAGCGCAGCCGGCUUUACCUUUCCCAGUGUGCGUCCCACCGGCCCCUUCCUGUCCCCCUCCCUGGGUGGUGGGGCCCUGCCCCUUGGAGUGUCAGUGCCCUCCUGAGUGUCAGGGAGAUGACUUGGUGGGACCCCACCCCCGGCCUCUGAAAGUGACCCCACCUGGCUGCAGACUGGACAGCGAGGCGCUUCAGAAGCAGCGGAGCCCGAGGGCGA